AAUUAUAUAGAAUAUUAUUUUUAUAUAGAGCAAUCCAAUUAUAAGAUUUUGAGGCACAGUAAAAGAUUCAAUGUCGAAACUCGAAUAACUUGAUGAUAUUUACUUAAAAAAAGUCAAAAUUGAAGGCACAAUAACUCAUUUUGACAUUUGACAUUUUGGCUGCGUUUUGUUUCAAUCAUAGUGCAUCGUUGUUAUUUGUUCUAAUGUUAAAACGAAAAUGAAUGAUGCAUUAUGCGCAUCAUGCGUGAAAUGGAACGCAGCCUGCGACUCUUUUGUCAUUCAAUGUCGUUCAGUGUCAGUAUGAACGUGACAUUGAAUCAAGUGGCUCAAAUUUUUAGGUAUUAACGAUUGUAGCCUUGUGACAAAGAGCAAAGUCUGAAAGUCAAAGAAAUAAAAGGAAUAGUACAUUAUAUUAGUAACGGCAACAAAGCUAAAGGAAACAUGCGUCAUGAGAAACUAUAAUGGGGCUAAGAAGCUUAUACGGGCGAAAACGAUUAGGGUUAAAAAUCGAAGCGAACGGAAAAGCAGUAGAUUCUCAGCCGACAGGGGAUUUAAAGACUCGUGAGAUAGAGUACGGCAUUUCCCGCACAAAAGAUACUUUUGCACAGUGCAAAUGUAGCUUACCCCUUUUCGUAACGUAGACCAUCGGUUUUUCACGUCGAGGAUCGAUCGGUCUUCACCGAUCUGCCGAAAGCAGAAACGAAAGGAGCUCUGAGAGCUUUCGCGUGGCCGAAGAGAAGCGAGAAGAUAUCAUGAGAGAACAGGAGCCGGAAAAUAAGGCGGAAAAUGAUAAGAGGAUGCCGGAGGCGAAUUGCGCGUGCACUUUGAAAACGUGUGGAGAAGAGAGGAUCAAGCGAGAGACUUAUGUGGAUGUAUCAGCGAAGAAGAAGCUGUUCGCACGCGACGAAGGUAUCAGUCCAACAAGACCGAGCGAGAUGAUCAACAAAAAAAUAAAUAAUUUUAUUAAACGGAACAACCAUUGUAUUAAAGAGCCUGCGCAAAUUCUCGUAAAGUGUUCAAUGGUAUUUAAGAUGCAAGUAUCCACAGCAUACCUUUAGAAAAUUUUGAAAUAUUUUAUAUGUAUGUUUCAUAAAAAUCGAAGUAAAUGACAACAGAUUAAAUAGCAAUGUUAAAUAAUAAAACAAGAUUUUUUUUAACUAAAUAAGCUUCUUUGAAACAGGAAGAGAGAAAGUCAAUUUUCCCAUGUUCAAAAGAAUUCAAAGAAAUAUCUAAUGUGUGUCGAUUCCACAUGAUAGAAGGAUAUUGUAAGAAAUUGCCCAAUGUUUGUAACAAUCGACAAACUACACGCUACGCUUCGCGGCAGCGUAAUAAUUUAUUCGCGUAUGACUCGUAUCUGUACACAAAAAUACGCGAGACCGCGAUCCCGUUACCUAUACCUAUACCUAUACAAAAUGAAGCUAACGGUGAACCAAAGAGCAAAAAGCAUUCGAAAUCAGGGAAUAGUAUGGACGCCGAUAAUCGCGGAAUGACUGGAAAUGUCAAUAUUUAUAUUUGUUCGGAGACUAAUGGCAAUAACCAGGAGAAGAAAAAGAAAAAAUUACAAUCUCAAUUCUACAUGGAUGCAAACGCCAAUAUAAUUACCGAACAAUCCAAUUCGGAAAGCGUUACCAAUGAAUCGUGCAAGCUGAUAAACAGCAUAAGAGAGGAACAGGAGAAAUUGCUAACUCAGCCGUCGCCUAAUUUUAUUCGUGAGAAAAGCAGCGACGAUAAUGCCGUCUGUAAUAACGAAACGUUACGAUACAAAAUUAGCAGGAAGGAGUUGAACGAAGCGGACAACAAGAAAGAAGCAGAUAUCAAAAUUAAUGACGAGAAAGUCAUAUGCAGGGACACGAUUUCAUCGACCAAAGAUGAUUGCUAUUCCACAGAUACAGACAGCUUAGAUGUUCAACAGGACUCGUCUACAGUUCCAGGUUCAAGUUUCGACGCGUGCUACAAUACCAGACUCCCACUGUCUCAGAUCAUCAUAUAUCCUUCGGAAGCCAGAGCCAGAUUGAAUGGCAAGGACGUCUGCCUGUCGAGAGCGAUUUGCACCGACGUGGAACAAAGGGACUAUCGCAAAAAUAACGAUCGCGAUGAACUUCGCCGAGAUAGCGAAUACACCAUGUGCCAUGCGGUUGAUGGCAGCAGGUGGUUACCGAAAGCGAAAAGUGCCGUGUACGACCGGGAUCUUAAAGAAUGUUUCGCAGACGGUUGUAAAUCUCGAAAUAAAAUACUUCCAGAUUCAGUAAGAAAUCGCAACGAUAUCCGGAAGAGACAGAUGGGAUAUAAACUUUUGCAUCAACCUCUCGGAAGUUGCCAAAGGGAGCAAGUGGCUCGACAGUGGUUCACAGAGUGUAGUUGUAUCACAGAGGAGGAAGAAGAUUACUGCAAGGGCAUUGACAGGGACAGGAAGAAGCUUUCGGAAAAUAUAUGCAAUGUCGCAGAGUGCCCGGAAAAAGUAUCUGUUUGCCGAGCACAUUUUAAAAAAUUAACUGAAGGUGCAUCUGUGUGCGAGACAUUGUUUGACGCUUCUGGAAAAUAUUUGGAGAAAACGUGCAAGGAUCCGACGGAACGUUGGAAAAGCACUAGUAUGUUCCGAACAAGGUUGGGAAAUUCGGAAGAACCUUCGGAAGUAACGAGAGUUUGUAAGGAAUCCGUUACUGAGGAGCCUGCAGAAGAUAUCACAGUUUGCAAGACGGUGUUUGGCGAACCGAACGGACUUCCGGAAGAAGUAAUAGUUUACAAGACAGCGCUUUCUGACUUCAAAGACACCCCAAAGGAAACAAUUUGUAAGAAGAUUCCCGACUCAAACUUUACCGAUCAAGAUGAUGUUAACGGAGUAUCCUUAAACAAUGCAAAGGAUAAACUUGUGGAAGAAAGUAUAAACAGCUCGAACUUAAAUGAUCCGAAAGAUAAUGUUGGGAAUAAAAGAAUAAUAAAACUAAAUAAUAUGCACAACAACAUUGUUCUUAAUAAUUUUGCAAGACAACAGCCUGCUAAUGCAGAACAAAAUAAACAGAUAGAAAAGACUUUGAAUGAUCAAUUGACAAAUUUACAUCAAAUUCCCAUUGAAUCAAUUAAAGAUUCUAAGCCAUUAUCAAAAAAUACAUACUCUGUAACACUACCGCGUACGCAGUUUUAUAGUCGCUCAAAUCUUAUAUCAAACGCUAAUGUAAAAAAAACAUCAAAGACUCUUGUUAAUCAACGAAGAAUACAACCGUUUAAUCAAUCAACGAGAAAUUAUUUUCAACCAUUGAAUCAUUUUACGCAAAAUUUAGCGCUAAAUAAAAAUUAUCAACAGCAAGGAAAAAUGCAAGGAAGCCCGAAAGAAGAAGAGAAGAAGCAAGAUGUUUUCAAAGAAAUAAAUAUGACAGGGCAUAAACGAAAAGAAUCACUUUUUCAUCGAUCGUUUAAAAAAUUAAUUGAUACAAUUAAACAUCGAAGGACGCUCGUUACAGACAAAAUAGAAAGAGAAAAAACCGAACUAAAGAAAACAAUCGAUAAUGACAAAGAAAAUAUGGAAAAAUUGAAAAUUAUUUCCAAAGUAAUUGAAAAAGAUGAAACCGAUAACAUAAAAGAUCAGCAAGAGAUUACUGACAAUAAGGUGAUCACUGUACCAACAAGGCCACUACAAACAGAGAUUGCAAAUGAAGGUGAAUUAAUUGAACUUACACUUAAUUAUUUCUUAAUUACAAAACUUUCAGAAUUUUUUAAUAAAUCUCUUGCAUUAUAUGUUUUACAUCAUUAAUCAACAUUACUUAAUUACUCAUUAAGUCACAA